AUGGCCUCACUCUCAACAACCAUUUGUGCCCUUGUGUUGGUAUCGGCAGUCUUAGUCUCAGUCUCGGCCAUCUCUUUGCAGGAGAUAUGCACUCAAACCCGAACCCCGCGCUUCUGCUACGCUCUCUUAAACGGUCACGCACUCGACAAUCUACGACAACUCGAUGAAGCCGUGAUCGUCGCAACCGCAGACAGCGCUUCAAAAACAAGCGCCAAAAUCCAAUUCCUUCUCUCCCAAACCGCCGAUCCUAAUCUCAAGGUGGUUUACAGCCUUUGCUCAAACUACUACAGCGCCGCCCUGGCUGCGCUCUCCGCGGCCAAGGAGAAGAUCAGAUCGGGUGAUUUCGGCAGCGUCAGGUCCGCGGCGGAUACAGCUGCCAACGACGGUGCUGCUUGCCGGAUUGCGUUUUCGAUGGCGCCGACGAGCCCUAUCGCCAUUCUAGGGGAGAACGACGAGUUUAUGAAUUACUGCAGUGUUUUUGUCGUUCUUUCUCAGAAGCUCUAG